CAAAAGGCUUCUGAUUUAACCACGCUGUGCUUUGCUAGCAAAUUUAAAACCGAAACAUUGAAGCUCUUUAGACCAAUCUUGUGUAUAUUACUCUUUGUGUUUAGAACACAAUUAUGUUUACGUAUCUACUGGUUCAUUUAAACGUAAUUUGCUUGUUAAAUUAGCAAAUGUGUUAAAUUGAUACUGCACGAGGCUAAUCGCCCGGAGCAUAAACUCACUAAUCUAGACGGAGAAAGAAGCUCUGGUGAAAGGAGAGGAAGAAGCUUUCAGAAUGAAAAAUUAUGAAGAUGAGGCUAUCACAUUGAAAAAAGAGAAUGGAUUGAAAGAAGAGCCCUUUGGAGUGAAAGAGGAAGAGGAGACUAUCUCUAUAAAGGAGGAGGAGGAAGACUUUUUGGGAUUGAAAGAGGAGACUGAAGAUCCGAUUACCACCAGAGAAAGACCAGACUCAGAGGAACCAGAGACGUCCAAAUCGGCAAAACAACACGACUGUUCCCACUGUGGAAAGAGUUUUACAGAGUUAGGCAACAUGAAAAGGCAUGAAAGGACACACACAGGUGAGAAGCCUCAUCAAUGCUCUCACUGUGGAAAAACUUUUACUGAGUUAUGGAGCCUGAAAACACAUGAGAGAAUACACACAGGGGAGAAGUUGUACUACUGCUCCCAGUGUGGAAAGAGUUUUACCCGGUCAGGGCACAUGAAAGAACAUAAGAGAACACACACAGGGGAGAAGCCUUACCUCUGUUCCCAGUGUGGAAUGAGUUUUACCCACGUAUGUAACAUGAAAACACAUGAGAGAUUACACACAGGGGAAAAGCCUUACCACUGCUCCCAGUGUGGAAAGAAUUUUACCCGGUCAGGGCACAUGAAAGAACAUAAGAGAAUGCACACAUUGGAUAAGCCUUACCUCUGUUCCCAAUGUGGAAAGAGUUUUACCCACUUAUGUAACCUGAAAACACAUGAGAGGUUACACACCGGGGAGAAGGAUUAUGAAUGCUCUCCGUGUGGAUUGAGUUUUACCACUUUAGAGUACCUGAAAUCACAUGAGCGAACACACACAAGAGAGAAGCCUUUCCACUGCUCACAGUGCAGAGAGAUUUUCACCCAGUUAGGGAGCCUGAAAAGGCAUGAAAGGACACACACAGUUGAGAAGCCUCAUCAUUGCUCUCACUGUGGGAAGACUUUUACCCAGUUAGGGAGCCUGAAAAGACAUGAGAGAAUACACACAGGGGAAAAGCCUUACUGCUGCCCCCAGUGUGGAAAGAGUUUUACCCGGUCAGAGCACAUGAAAGAACAUAAGAGAACACACACAGGAGAGAAGCCUUAUUGCUGCUUCCAGUGUGGAAAGAGUUUUACCUACUUAUGUAACCUGAAAACACACGAGAGAAUACACACAGGGGAGAAGCCUUACCACUGCCCCCAGUGUGGAAAGGGUUUUAACCAGUUAGGGGUCCUGAAACGACAUGAGAGAAAACACACAGGAGAUAAGGAUGUAGGAUGUUGAACUGUAGAACAUUGGAUGGAUAUAGGACAGAUGCUGGCUGAACAGUAGGAUAUAGGACAGAUAUAGCCUCUGAACAGUAGGAUAUAGGACAGAUAUAGCCUCUGAACAGUAGGAUAUAGGACAGAUGUAGCCUCUGAACAGUAUGAUAUAGGACAGAUAUAGCCUCUGAACAGUAGGAUAUAGGACAGAUAUAGCCUCUGAACAGUAGGAUAUAGGACAGAUGCUGGCUAAACAGUAGGAUAUAGGAAAGAUAUAGCCUCUGAACAGUAGGAUAUAGGACAAAUAUAGCCUCUGAACAGUAGGAUAUAGGACAGAUAUAGCCUCUGAACAGUAGGAUAUAGGACAGAUGCUGGCUGAACAGUAGGAUAUAGGACAGAUAUAGCCUCUGAACAGUGUAUUUUCCAUACUGCAUGUAUUAUAGUGGAUUUGUUUGCUGACAUCACUAAGUCUAAAUGUCCAUGUAAAUGGGCUAAGUCUAAAUGUCCAUGUAAAUGGGCUAAGUCUACUGUAUUUUGUAUAUCGUACUUUGCUCUCAUUUUGAGAGAAAUAAAAUCCAGUUCGAUUCCCAACUCAGUAACUCAGAUCAGCUUUAAUAUUGAACAUAGAUUGUAACUCAGACCUUGGGGGAAGUUCUGCUUUAAUAUUGAACAUAGAUUGUAACUCAGACCUUGGGGGAAGUUCUGCUUUAAUAUUGAACAUAGAUUGUAAC